GUCCGCGCGCGAGCCGGCUGCCGCGCAGGCGGAGCCUUCCUCGGGGAACCGCGGAGCCUAAGGAGACGCCCGCCCACGCCCGUCUCGUGGCGCCGCCGCCGCCUCGCCAAGCGGGGGAUGCCGUGAAGGCGGCGACCCUCGGCGCGUCCCCUCCGCCUCCGCUGGUUCCUCCCUCCCCGCAGCCCCGCCGGCGGCGCACUCCCUCCUUCCCUCCGGAGGCGCUCGGCGCCUCAGACGCGCGCAGCGGGGACGCUCCGUCGGCUCCCGGCGCGGGCUGAGCUCGGUGCGUGUUCGGGCAGGCGCCGCCAGUCUCCUCCGGCAGCCGCGGAGCAUGGAGGGGGCGUCCGGAGCCGGCGCGAAGGGCCCUGGGCGGCUGCCUCCGCGCUAAGCCUCGCUUGGGAUGGCAGCGGCGGCUUCUUGGCGGAGUUUGUGAGGCGCUUCCCCGCUCGAGGGGCGGCGACUCGGGUUGCUGGCCGGAGACCGAGACCCGGGCGCGCAAACUCCUCAGCCGCGGCCACCCCGCGACCUGCCCGCCCGCCCUCCCGCCCGUGUAGCUCCGUCCGAAGCCGGCGAGGAGCAGCAGGAUGGAGCCGCCGCCGCCCUGCUCGAAGAAGAGCCUGUCCCUGUCGCUGCCCGUGCCGCGGGAGGGUCAGGCCACCCUCAAGCCCCCGCAGCACCUUUGGCGGCAGCCCCGGACCCCCAUCAAGAUCAAGCACCGCGGCUACUCGGACACGGAGAGGCACCCGCACCGGCAGAUCGAGAGGGCGGACGCCAUGGACACCAGCGACCGGCCGGGGCUGAAGAAAUGCCGCAUGUCCUGGCCGUCGUCUUUCCACGGGACCACCAGCACCAGCGGCGGCGGAGGCGGCCACGCCGGCAAGCGGUAGGCUCCGAAGCGGGGCGUGGGGGGCGCGUCCGGGGGUCGGCGCGGGGAACCGGGGACUGUUGCAACCGGAGGGAAACGCAUCCGAUUGCUGCUUUCUGCUGAGCUCCGGGUUCUUGCCCCCUACGUGUUUUGACGGCGUCGCCCCCUUGACCCGCUCCGCAGAUCUUUUGGUUGCCCUGAGGCUUGUGCUUGAUUUCAACAAUGUCGCCCAUCCGUGGGGCUUAGCGUUGCCCAUCGCCUGGAGCAGUUUGCAUCUGGGCAAACGAUAGCUGCUCGUUAGAGUAGUGGGCAGGAGGCCCUUUGCACAUGCCUAGAGGCGCGCUCCUUAUUUCACAGCUUCCCCGGGUGCAAUCUUAACUCCACCUGAGCUCUGCUUUAGUGGUGUCUUCUAAAGUUAUAACCUGCCCAGCGCAGAGCGCCAGUAAGGAUGGGCUUUAGCUUCAAACCCCAGCACCUGCGGGUAGAUUUGGGGAAAGAUCCCUGCCUGAAACCCUGAGGAGCUGCUGCCUGUCAGUAUAGGUAAUACUGAUCCAAACGGACGAAUGGGCUGGCUCAGUACGGAGAAACUUCUUGUGUUUGUGCAGUUGGCACAGGGCCUGAACUCUAGGCAGGUAUAAAAUUGUAUUUAUCCUUUGGCAAUCUCAACAGCCUUAGCUGCUUUCUCGCUCUCAUCCAUACAGUUCAUGAGAAUAAAAAUAAUGCCUCAUAAUGUCUUGUCUUCAAGAGAAUUAGUAGCAGCUCCCUUCUCUCUCAUACAAGUCAAGUACUGGUUUCUGUGGCAUGAAACCGGCAUUUCCAAAUAACCCUGUUCUUUAUUUUGAUUAAUAAUAAUUCCACGCCCCGUUCAUGUAAGAGAGGCAUGUAAAGGGAGAGGCUCAAUGUGCGGAAAAGAGCAAACCCUACAACCUCACUCUUGAGAACAACGGUGGGGGGGGGGGAAGGACUUGUAGCCCUCUGGUUGUUGCUGGGCUGGCUGGUGGUGGCUGGAGCCGCCACAUCACCCGCAGAACCCCACUGGCUCCUUACCCCUUCUUUAGGAAGAGCUAGGGACGGUGGGGGACAUUGAAGGCAUCACCCCACAAUCACAGAUUUUCAAUAAAAAUAUGGGCAGCUGAGUUCCUUGCUUUCCAAAAGUAGUGGAAGGUUUUUGUUUAGGGCUUGUUAGGGGAAGUUCAAAUGGGCACCAAGCUGUGACCCUCCCAGUCCCUUCCUCAGAACUUCCUGUUUUUAGAAGAGAAAGCGUUGAAUCGUGCUUUUUGCUGUUAUUGUUGUCUGUGGCCUCUUUGGUUCAGCAACUGCCCUUCUCCCACAAUGUGUGGCUUCCUUUAAAAUCCAAUUAACAUUUUGUAGCAGGCUGAACAGGAGGGUGGGGAGAGAAGGCUCUCAGGAAAUUGAAAUCUGAUGGAACAAGUUGUCUUUAUUUAUUUUGUGGUAAAAUGUGAGCUCUUCCAAAUUCAUGCAAGUCUUACUCCACAGUAAGUUAAAUGUCAGGCUCUACUGAAAUUAGGGCUGUGGAUCAGGAGCGGGGAAGCAUAGCUUACUCUCACAAAUUUCACUGUUUUGUAAUGUUCAUCUACACAACUCAGUCUGCAAAGCUUUACUCAUCAGGGAGGUGAACACGAUUGUCUGCUAAUUGCCUGCCCUGAAGUUGCUGUAGCUAUUUCAAAAGUCAGCAACCCAAAACCAAACCACUUAAGCCCACUGGUCAUCCCCUAUAGGUUAGGCUCCGGGAGCUAUGCCUAGUUUGGGUGCUUCAAAAUAUGCCUUGGACCCCUCUGAGAAAUGUUAGUUCCUGUGGCAGAUAUUUUAAAGAGUUCUUCAGCGGGUGGAACUGUGCGGAAAGGCUUGAGGAACUCUGUGCUAGUCUUGCCGUGAUUCAUAUUAGCUGUAAGCUGAUGGAACUGGAGUCUGUUGUCAAGGCCACGCAAGAUAUUUUGACACCGUAGGUGUACCACAAAAUGGUGCCCCCUUCCCCACCAGGGAAGAAAGGGUGACUGAAAAUGUACACCAGGGACUAGAUGGUUGAAUAAACAUCUAUAUUGGGAUCUGGUGCCCCCUGGUAGCUCCCCACAAGCUUGGGUGGGAGAAAAAUGCUAUUAGCAGAUGGGCUGCUGCCGCCACUUAGUCUGUUCCUUCAAGGCCUGCAGGUUUUCUGAUGAGUGCUACUCAGUGAUGGAGAAAGGGUCCACAUCUCUUCAACUGCUCAGUGUUAGCUGGUUUCUGUCAUCCAUACCCUCUGCACAGCUCACUCUUAGUAAUUAUUAUUAAAUUUGUAACCCGAGGUACCACCUGUAUAUAAACACUUCGGGUUACAAACUCCGCUAACCCAGAAGUAGUACCUCGGGUUAAGAACUUUACCUCAGAAUGAGAACAGAAAUUGUGCAGCAGCGGGAAGCCCCAUUAGCUAAAGUUGUACCUCAGGUCAAGAACGAUUUCAGGUUAAGAACGGACCUCCGGAACGAAUUAAGUUCAUAACCAGAGAUACCACUGUACCACCCUUCAUCCGAAGAUCACAGAGUGGUUUACAGUGUAAAAACACAAAUUACGGAACAUAAUAACAAACUGCACCACCCACACAGUUAGAAGGCCAUAGAUUGUUUAAUUAGCCAAAGGACUGGGUGAAGAACGUUUUUGCCUGGUGUCUAAAGAUAUGUAAUGAAGGUGCCGGGUGAGUCUCCCUGGGGAGAGCAUUCCACAAAUGGGGAGCCACUACAGAAAAGGCCCACUCUCAUGUAACAUUAGCAAGAACUGUAAUGGGACCUCAAGGCUCAUCAGUUCCAGCCCCAUCCACUGCAGCAGGAGUCACUUGUCCUAAACUCUUUCUGAGAGAUGCUGCUGAGCAUGCCUUUAAACGGAUUGCAUGAUUUUCUCACUAGGCAGAUUGCUCAGCUGUUCUUGCAGACUCCCUCUAAUGUUGAAUGUUAAGGUGAUUGCAGUCUACCUUCUAGUCUGUUGUCUUGCCUCAUUGGUCAAUGGCAGUCUCUAGAAUAACUUCAGUCGUGGUAUCAGUUGUGUUUUCUGUGUGGAAGGAAUCCUAUGUAAUUUGCUAACAGCCUCUUUCCAGAGCGUGAGUCCUCACCUGCCGCUGCUUGGUUUUCCAGCCAAUCCUUCCCCGUCAGCCAUUACCAGUAGCUUUUUAAGUGUGCAGUGAAAGCACCUUUGCCUUCCUUUGAAGGAGGUGGCUGCCUGUACAACCCCUGUGUGCUAAUUCUUGUUGUCAAGGUUCCUUGCAUUCCACUUUUGUCUGAUGGGCAGCUCCAACAUGGGAGCUCCAGCUGGCACAAGACACUGACAUAUGUCUAGAUGUAGCUGAGAGAAGAAUUGGAAGAAGAUGAGGGAGGGAGUUGAUGAAGUAGGAGCACUGCCAUAUGGCCACAGGAGAUCGCAUCCAAACAUGAGUUCUGGUUGACUUAUGGGGAGGGGGGUGUCCUUCAGCCUGCUUAUCCUUGACACAUUUGCUGCCUUCUGCUUAUAAGUUAGCAAAAUGUACAAAGCUCAUGCCAGUCAUAUGCUUGGGUAGGUGGUGCAAACAGUUGUGGAUAUGUCUUGCAUCAGGGCUGAAAAAUUAUUUAAGCUCUUUGGAGCAGGGAAUUAUGGUCUCUGAUUAAUAAUACUAGUCAUAUGUAUCUUUUUGCUUUCUGUAAGCUAAGGACAGUGGGGUUGUUGUCCAGUUGGUGCACAGCACGGAUAUAUAUAUUGGCCUGUUAGCCAACUACUGUGGCACGAGGCAGGUAUCCUAAAGUUGGAGACUUGGUCUAUACAGUAUACUCAUAGAGGAACCAUUGAAGACCAAAUGCGGUCUUCUAACCAGUAGGUGGAUAUGAAUAAUUGUGUCCACUUAAAGUUACCCAGUUCAUUUCCCAUUAUUGGAUAACUAGAGAAGCUGGGAAUAGUCUAACCUGCAGGAGUGCUU